AUGCCUCCAAUCCACAAUGGGCGCGCACUUACGUACUGGUGGAGGUUGCGCGGCGCUGGCGACGACCGCGUUGCAGAACCACUUGAUGUGGCUGUCGGAGAACGUGUUGCCGCCUACAUGUCCUCACCGCGUUAUGAUCACACGAUGGAGUUCGAGGCUGAUAUCGGGAUAUAGAAUUGAAGUGGUGCUGCUACCGGCCCAGGCAGUGUUUGUCACACCCACUCAAGUCGCUUGCCAUCGCUCCAGCGGAGACGACCGUCAUUCAUUGCGACAUGGCGGCGCUGCGUGCGGAGUGCGGAGGAGCAUGGAGGCGGCGUCCACCGAGGACCGUGAAAGCGAGCGGGC